UCAAAAAAUGAGACAUGGGGCGCCACUACCACCGCAUACUGAAAAAAAAACCAUACCAGCAAAGCAAAACCUCUACCGUCCGCAAUGGGAAUCAAUCUUGCCAAAAACAAAUGAAUAAUGGCUAGAAUAUCAAUGCCAACAAAAUUCCAUUUCAGGUCUACCAUUCCAAGAGAAACCAAAUGCAAUGCCCACCAAUAUCUCUCCCCCAUCAAACAAUUCGCAAUUUCCCUUCCAAGCUCUUCAAAACAAAACCAUAUUCUUUCAGAAGCAUUUCAUCAAACACACUGUAGGCAAUGUCAAUGGCAAUAUGGGUUUCAAGACUCAAGAGUUUAAGAAUUGCCUCCAUAUUACUAGUUUUGUGCAAUUUGGUUGUGGUUACGAUUGGUGGGAUUUUGUUAUUUAUUGUAAUUCCUGGCUGUGAUCGCAAUUUAAUUACCUUGCCUAUUCUAGCGGUUUCUUUGGCCGCUGUCCUUAGAAUCUUUGCGAUGUUUCGGUCAGGGAUUGCCCAAGAAGCCGUUGCCAAAACUAUUCAGGAUUCUCUAUCUGAGAGCGCUGUUUUUGACUCAGUUAUUCGCCUCACUAGACGGAUGAGGUAUAAAACAUGGCUUUGGUGGAGCCGAUUCGCAAUGGUAAUUACUUUGCUGCAAAUUAUCGGUGCAAUUUACCUUGUGUUCAAUGUGGCUAAAUAUGUUUCUCAUGAUGGAACAUCAAAUGAAUGUCUCUUAGGGAUGGCUUCAUAUGGUAACCACUGGAAGCGAAAACUUUUGAUUUUGUUUCUUAUCAUGGUUUGUUCUCUUCCGUUGGUGCAAUGUUUUGCUGGAUUUGAUGUCUUAAGAUGGAGAUCUUUCUAUUCAACCCAAGAUGAUGUGUGGAAAGCUCACUACCAUGAGGUGUUUGAUCAUGGAAUUCGUGAGGCUUUAUGUUGUUUGGGACGUGUUGAGUACUUGAGAGUUUCUAAGGAAGAUGAAGUAUAUUCUGUAGCAAGAUUAUUGGGUGAUCUUGUUGCUUAUCGUGCAUCGGGAACUGGACAUUUGGAACUCCUGGCAGGGCUAGCUUUGUUGCAGAUGCGUAGCGAAUCACCUAAAUCUUAUGAUGGAGCUGCGGAGGCACCUCUGGGAUUGAUUCAGGAGGCCUUUACUUUUCAUAAAUUUGCAGAAGCUGCAUAUACAGGUCCAUUACUUGAUUUUGGAAGACACAAUAUCUUUUUUCCUUGUGCAUGGCUCUAUAGGCAAGGGUUUUUAACCCCAUGGACUCGUAACAGGCGGCCCAUACUUACAGGGGAUAACUGGUUACGAGGUCAUGCUGCAGCCUUCUUAAAAUAUGUCAAGUUGCCAUCAGAAGCACUUCGAAAAGGUCGUGUAUGUCAGGAGAAGUGUGAAGCAGCAUAUUUUGUUGUUGUUCUACACCAUCUGAGAUCUGUACUGAUUGUUGUACGUGGAACUGAGACCCCUGAAGACCUUAUAACCGAUGGCUUAGGCAAGGAGUGCCUCCUUUCUACAGAGGACUUGGAUGGGUUGAUAAAUAGCAGCAGCCAUAUUCACCCUAAUGUGAAGCAAAAUGUGGAAUUAUCUUUCCCACACUAUGGGCACUAUGGUAUAGUUGAAGCAGCACGGGAUCUUUAUAUGCAAAUUGAAGGAAAUCUAGGAGAUCAAGUAGAUGCAGAAGCUAAAUCAAAUGGCUUCCUUUCCUCAUUGCUGGGAGCUGGAUGCGAGUGUGAUGGAUAUAACUUGUACGUAGUUGGGCAUUCCCUUGGAGGUGCUAUUGCUACUUUGUUAGGACUGAGAUUAUAUAGACGAUACCCAAAUUUACGUGUUUAUGCAUAUGGGCCACUUCCGUGUGUGGAUUCAGUCAUAGCAAAUGCUUGUUCAGAAUUUGUUACAAGCAUUGUACACGACAAUGAAUUUUCUACACGCCUUUCAGUUGGGUCAAUUCUACGGCUUCGAGCAGCUGCAAUUAUGGCACUUUCAGAAGAUUCCAAAACUGAUUCGGCCUUAAUUUUUAGACUUGCUUGUCGCUUUCUCUAUGUCGGCAAGUUCCAAAGAGAUGGGAUUGAGGAGAAAGAUUCAUCAAAACUAGCUUCUCCAGCCAAUGCAGUAGAAGAUCUAAAUGAAGUUUAUAGAGGAAGCAAUAAACUGGACAAUCGGAAAGAAUCAGAUACAAAUAAUGUUAACGACAUAGACAAUGGAACUUUUGAAAAUCCUUUCCACAGUGAAGGUUCAGAUGCAAAUACAUUGGAGAAUCCAGUAUCUCAGUUUCUGGGAACUGUUCCCGGAAGUUUAAACAGAUCAGCUGAAGACCCACCUGAGAUGUUUCUAGCUGGCCUUGUGAUACACUUAGUACCAGGGCAAAGAAAUAUAAGUAUGCCUUUGUGGAAGAGAUGGAGAAUACAACGUUAUCAUUGUUAUUUAGCAAAUAGGGAAGACUUCAAAGAUAUUAUUGUGUCACCAAAUAUGUUCAUUGAUCAUCUCCCUUGGAGAUGUCACUAUGCCAUGCAAAAGGUAUUAGAAGCUCAAAAUAACAAAGGUCUUGAUGAAGCUCAGAUGGUGUAAGCUAUGUUCAUCACAGUCUAUUCUAAGUUGCAGUAGAUCUCUUUUGGUCUCUGGUAUCCGUCACAUAUACCAUUCUGAAACGAAGCUGAAUGCAUCCAUAGGUAAUUAAUCCAUAAAAGGAAAUCGAAUAUACAUCCAUAAGUUGUGGUUAUGUGCAUCUAUGGCCUCCGACCCAGUGUUUUGAUCAUCCCUACUUUAUCGACUGCAACUUCUGUAUUUAUUAUCGCUUGUAUAAUGCAGAAUUCAUUUAGUUCAUCCUAUUAGCUCAACUUGUCCGCAGGGCUUGAAAAGGAAAAAUUGUACAGUUGAUUUUUUUUUUUUAAAAUGCUCUAGUUUCUAACUUUAAGCAAUUGUAACCAUCCAAUUGGAGAAUGACUGAUUCUUCACUGUAAUCUUCAUCAUGUAUUUUCCUUUGUAUAAUUUUGGAUUUGAAAUACAAUAAAACUUAUAUCAUCUUUGUAUAA